GGUUGAUGUUGAGAGGUGCUGACUGUUCUGAGUGAAUGUGGGUUCAUUUCCUCCGUGUGUUUCAGGGAAUGGCUUCACAUGGACGAGGCCGCUCCGCUAGUGGUUCCGCCCCGCAUAGAGAGAAGCGUCGAGGGACGACGUCGUCGCCGGCAAGGGAAACGAGUUGGGGAGUUGGAGGUGGGGAGGAAGAAAGACGUGCUCAAAACUUGUGGUGCGACUACAGCAACUGUGUCUGGUAUUUGGACUGGGCGAGCCAGGACGGCUCCGACCCUUUGCAACCACCGUGCGGGCCGCUCUUGUUCGUCGCCGUUCGCGCCGACAGAACGCGUCUCACAGGGUCCAUCGUCCAGUGGGUCGACGACUGCGAAUACAAUUUUAAGUGUACGUUGAAGAAGCAUUAUGGUUCUGUCGAUGGCAUCGCAAAGGGAUGCAAGGUUGCCGGGAGGAUGUUCGGCGGGUACGGCCGUCGUGCGGUGUCUUUGCCUCACUUUGUCCCGCUAGCGCCGGGGCACGACGAGGUCGUUCACGUCACAGACUUCCUCGAGGUCUGGGCGAAAUCUGGUACCUCUGUCAGUGCCGUGGACGUCGGACCUGGAACAUCGAUCAGUGGUCCUGUUGGGUUCGCGGGAGGAGAGUGCUCUGAAGGGGGGAUGGGAGGUCAGGGUGGCCUGCCAGCUACGCCUCCUGAUCAAGAGGUGGGCAUGUCAGACGACUCGGAGGAUGACCAUCCGCAUGCUCCUUUGAAACCGGGCUUGCAGACGGAGUUGAGCCAGGAACGAGAAGCAAGUGGGAACGUUGCUGGUGAGGAGGAGGUGUCCGAGCAGGGGCUGUUCCGUGAGAGAUCGGCUGAAAAGACUCAGUCGGGAGGAAAGCGCAACUUGCCGGAUGAGGAAGAGCGAGAGGGAGUAGGUGCUCUGAAAAGGCAUAGAAAGGUAGGAGGGAGUGCUCGGACGCCAACAACACGAGAGGGCGGUUCCGUUGAGAAGAGGAAAAGGGUUGAAGGUGGGGAUGAAACGCCAAAAGACUUGUCGACACAGCGAAAAACCGGUGAGUCUUCCGGGAAAUGUUCGAAAUCAUCAAGGGGGAAGAAAGCAGACGAGGGCGAUAGCGGGGAGGGGGAUGACGAUAUGAAGAUUAACCUCAAUGCCUUUAACCUCGACAAUGCGUUCCUCCUCGAGAUGCAGAGAGGGGUGCGGAAGGACGUCGUGUUGCACAUCCAUCCCGAAAGAAUAUUAGCUAUUCUUGACUGGGAAGACGCGUACAACCACCGAUCCUUGGACGAGUUCCUCGUUGAUACCAUCGCGUCGGCUAUGAUCGACUGCUACGAACGCAAAGACAUGAGAUACACGAAGCCCAUUUUCGUUCUCGCUCCGAUCGUCGCGCCUCCAGGGAACGGCGAGCCUGCGGUGCGCGUGCUGCCUGCUGACUUCGACAGCUCACACCCGGAGAAAUACAGGUAUUAUCGUGUGUGUGGACAGCAUAACGCGAGGGCGACGAUGAUUGUGAAAUACCAUCCCGUGUUUGAUUACUACAACUUCUGUAAAUGGCCGUUCAGACCGAUCUACUUCCCUGACGACGAGUUCGACGACUACGCCCAUGCCAGCUGCGAAGACAACAUGAAAGACAAGAAGAAUCCACCGCGCUUGCAGGUUUUGUCUAUGCGAGACAUUCGCAAUAUCUGGAAAAUUAAGGGCAAACCGCGUAAGACGCCGUACACGCCUAUCUGGAACCUGUCAACGGAAGCAAAGAAAAGAAAGGAACGGGCUGAGAAACUUCGAUACUACCUCCCGCUGGCCAUAGCAGAUGACUCCGUCUUCGAUUUGGGGUUGAAGUUCUAUGAGGAGUGGUCGAAAGGGAAACUCCUUGCUUUCGACGACCAGCAUUGGAUUGAAAAGCCGCCCCCCCGUGAGGAGGUGGCCAAGCCAGGACUCUCCAGAGUGACUGACAGCCAGGGGCUGAAGAAACACGUCUGGUACGUGAAGGUGGGUGACCCGUCGUUGAAAAAGGGCAGGGGGAAGCCAAAGAAAGGCGCGGAGGAGAAAACUUUCUACGUCCAGGUUCCGGAGCUGGAUGUCCACUGCGGGAAAGAAAUGGUGGACUUGACGGACCGCGAGAAGAAAAGGCUGUUGAACGGCGUCUUGAACCUUAACGUCUUGUGGCUUCAAACGAGUAGCAAGAAGUUGGCCGAGCAGGGGAAGUUCAGUGUCAAGGAGAUGGUCAACAUAAUAAAAAUAGACCGGAUUAUGCUGAGGCUGUGGCACUACGUGGAGUUCAAGUACGAGGAAAUAGAUAAGCGGGAGUGGAAUGCCAACUCCACGUUCUUCAGGUCCAAGAAGCAACUGUUCGAAGAGUUCAAGGAUAGAGGUCUCGACGACAAGCUUUGGAACGAGAGCAGGAAAUUUUUCACAGACACCACAUACGUCAACAAGUGCCCUCAGUUUCUCGGGUGUCAACACGACAACAACAUCAAGAGAACGACGGCCCUCGUCAACGACCAGCAUUUCCCGGCGGAGUGGAAGCGUGUCGUCCUUUCGGUAAUCACUGGAGAUCGCGCCAAAGGCAAAAAAAGCCCUCGGGGCGUUGAUGAAUGCAUCAAGAUUAUGUGGACAAGGACAAGCGCCUUGACGACGCUGGCCCAGUUUAACGUCGACCCAUUGAGUGUCAUAGAUCAUAAGGAGGUGCUGGGAAAACUAGGGCAUCAGCUACGCUCCCACACUUGCGUGCUCGACUUAUGCGGUACUGUGGACCGUGCGCAAUGGGACUGGGGCAUUCGCGUCUCUGAGAAACAAAAAGUGACACCCACGGAUGUGGAGGAGAAAUCUUUCAAGUCCUUGACUUUCGCGGACAUCGGAAACCUCACCCAGAGGGGGGCUCUGUACAAGGACGGCGAGCGGAAUCCGAAUCAGUUGUGCAAUCAACUUCUUUUCUUCUAUGGUGUGGCGGAUGCCGUGCUGUUCUUGGGCAAGCCGCACGCGCAGGUGGUGUGGAGUCUGCUUCAGCAGGGAAGGGACGUCUUGGCCGUGGAUGGGGACACAACGCAGCUCGAAUACACCAUGCAGUAUGUCACCCAUGAAGUGUUGUCCAAGGCUUACCCAUGCGAUUUCCACCAUGUCGUCGUCGAGCCUGUUUAUGACCCGAACAAGGACAUGUUCUUCAAGUUGACUCCGAAGAAAAGGCGCCAGGUCUACUCCUUCCUUUACGGUGAACAACCAAGGUUGAGAUUUGGCCCGCAGUACGUGGUGCGGAAGAAAGUCGCUAUUGCGGUCCUCCAGGGCUACCAUGGAGCGAGUCGGGCCGGCGCUGUGAGCUUCAUUAAGAGGCUGGAAUAUGUCUUUUUUAACGAGGAUGUUGUCGAUCCGGCCAACUUCACUUUGGAUAAGUACAAGAUGGCAUUCGGUGAGGAGGACGACUUCAAUAUCGAGACUGAGCAGGAGGAGAGCGUUGAGGACGACCUCUUCGAUUUGGACGGGCAAUUGGUCAUCUUCAACGCCCAAGUUUCUGAGUCGCCAUCAGUAUGCAAACCGGGGACACCUCUCGCUACACCUACCUCGGGCGGUCCCACGCCCUUGUCCUCCUCAGCGCCUGUCAAGAGGGAUGGGUUGUCCCGUCUGAGGGGUUCGCAGGGGGAGCCUAUUCGUCUCACGCCGCAGCCCGAACGUCUUCGACCCGGCCGUCCAGUUCCUCCGGACCAUCCGCAUCUCAAGGCUCCUGCGACUCCCUUCCACAUGAGCGACAAACACACCUUCUCCACAACCGAAGAUUGGGGCCAUGAUAUCGUGUGGCACCCAUACCAUUUCCAGCCAGUCCUUCUCGACGGCGAAUGGGCAGUGGCUGUGAGGGACGUAAGUGGAGGGUGGAUAUAUGACGAUCGUUGGGACCUCGAGACAUUCGAAUCUCGCGCCUACGAUGCGGUAUUGGAGAGAUUAAGUGAGGUCAAUCGACGAAGUAAGGACGACCCUGCUCUUCGCGAAUACGGCGACACGCUGUUCGAGUUAUUGCAGUCAAAUAAAUGGCAAGAAGUGUCCUCCGCGUUAUACACCCUUCCGUCAAGCCCGUCAAUUAAGCAAGUGAGUUGGGAGUUGCCUGAGGUCACCCCACCGGCAGGAGUUGUGAAGCGCAAGUCUCGCGGAAAGGACGGCGACGGGGAUGGUGAAGGCGGCGGGCAACGAGGUACCGGAGGUGGAAGUGAACAGCGUUCGACGAAACAGGGGUCUCCGGGGCACGCAGGCGGCGGAGAGGGGAAGAAGGGCAGCCGGGAGAAGAAAAAGCCUCACAGCGGAGAGAAGACGAAGCAUCACAGAGGAGACGGGCAGGGGUACGAUGUCGACCGCGACGAGGAAGAUGGGGUUCUGGCGGUAACAGGCAGCACCUCAAUGGAGACGGGGAACGACUUGAGGCCUGGGUGUAUUACGCGGCCUGGCGAGCAGGACCCUGUGAUUAGCUCCACCAGCGAAACACAGUUUGUCGAUGCGGUUGGCGGGGCGGGUGUCGCAAAGCAUGGAACAUGCUUCGCUCAACUCCAAAAACGGUUGGCGGAUUGUCUCGGAUCAAUCGGAACCUCGGAGACGACGUCGUUGUCCGGAACUCAGUGCCUUUCGGGAAGCGAGACGACAACAUACCACGGGUGCGGCAGCGACAAGCUGGAACCGUGUUCCGUUUCGCCUCAAAAGGAAGUUCGGAUUAAUCCGAACCGCGAAGGCCGUGCCAUCGAGGGAGCACAACUAUUUACAGAACUCAAACGGGUGGUCUGGGUUUUCGAAAACCUUGGCGACGAAAUUCGGAUUCAUCUGAACCAGGAAGUCGUGUCUGCCAUGACAGACGAUCGGUGUCAAGAUGCAGUAAUGCUGUGCGUGGAAGCCCACAAGGAGCUGCAGGCGGACUGUCCGACUGAGGGACUUCAACUGGCAGGCGUUGAGGGUUGUCGACUACUGACGACUUUGGACAAGGACGAUUCCGCCGACGACCAAUUUGAUCCGACAGAUAGCGACGUCGGGAUGGAGCUACCAGUUCAGCCGGGAUACGACGAUCCCUUGUACUCCGCCCUUCACAACGAGGCAAUGGGUGAGGACGUUCUGAAGAAGGCCUCUGACGCUGUUGGAGAUAGAUUUCUCUAUUUGAGUGACGACGACAAAGACACAGCGUACGGGGAUAAGAAGUUAAGGGGGGUAGAGGUGUUGUUGGACAUCCAUGGGAUAUUGAGUCCAACACAAUACGACACAGUGACAAUGGAGAAGACACAACCUGUCGAUGUUGUGGACGUCGACGCUCUUUGUCCGGAGACGAAUAUACCGUCUACAGUCAUCGAUGCCGACAUCUCGAGCCUGUCAAGUUUCCCUGUGGGUUUGGAGCACGUCGUCGCCGUGUCGACGCGUGCAUGGGUGCCAAUCGUGCUGGGACUGCCGUCCGUGGGCUCUAGUGAAGUGGUAGCUAGGCCUGGUAAGCACUGACUUUCUCUGCUUUCUUUCCGCUCGUUAGCCCAUUCGUGA